CAUCCUGGUCAAGUAGCAUGGAAUCUCCGGCAGCUGUGCAGCAAGCACACCAUCCACACACAACAUCUGUGCCAGCACCGGUAUCUUCGCCACAUUUCGAGCCCUACUACAUUCCUCCAACAGUGCAUGCAAUGCAUGGGGCAUCCGAUUAUCAGUUGCGCAAAGUGAGCAGCGAGCCAAAUUUGAAGAUGCGCAUCCGUGCGAAACUUCUCAACAAAGGCUCCAGCCCGCUCCAGUCCCAGAACAGUGCUUUUACUUCUGCCCAGCGAUUACCACAAAGCGAAACAGCGAUGGAUACGGAUUGUGGUGGCGGCAGCAGCAGCGCCACAUCGAAUGUUGUCGAUUCACCGACCAGAUUGCUAGCCUCAGCGCCGCACCUGAUGGUUCCAUCACCGUCCCUGCCGAACCUCGCCUCAUCGGCCCAGCUACAGAUGGAUAUGUCGGCACUGCUUGCGCAUGCGCUCUACUCGCCGUUCGUCUCGAUGCCAACACUGAGCCGAAGUGGCCUGAUCCAGCAACAGCAGCACCAACAGCAGCCAUCAUUUUUGAUGGUCGAUUCGGCGGGGCUUGAUCUAAGUAAUGCUUUAAGUGAAGGUGUAGCACGACAAUCGACGAAACUAGACAGCCGAACAUUGAGCUCUCCAUUGCCGCUUGGUGGUUAUCCAUCGUUGCUGAAGCAACAGUUGCAUGAUUUGAUGUUACGACGAAAAUCGCUGGUGCAGGAGGAGCCGGAAGAUGAAGCGACGCUUGAAGCACAGCUUUUCUCACGACUACAGAGUGGUCCAGGAUUGUCGAUCGCGCUGAGAACACAGCUUAAAACAGAACUGCGGCAGAGAUAUCAUCUAGAAUCAUGGUUGUGGUGGAGACACAAAUCAGAGUACAUUGAUUUGAUGAAAUUCUCCUUUGAAGCCCCGAUACAGCCAUGCUUGGUGUAUGAUUCAGCAAUGGCCAAGCAUCACUGUGUUUGUGGUAAUAACAAGAAUCACGUGGAACACGGUGAACGUGUACAACUGGUCUGGUCACGAUUGCAAGAGCGUGGCUUACUGGAGAAAUGUGAACGUGUACUGGCUCGAAAGGCGCCUCUGGAAAUGCUAAGAACCGUUCAUGCUGCAACAUAUGUCACCUUUUUUGCUGUAUCACCGACAGCUUGCCUCGAGGUAAACCUCUCUUUCCACGUAGUUUAG